AUGCCGGCAAAAGGGAAGCGAAAGCCAACGCCUGGCCCCGUGUCACCGACCAAGAAGAUCAAGCUAGAGGACGUGACCGCGACAGAUGAGCUUGGUGCGCCUGGCAAGUGGCGUGACUGGCCGGCGCCCUUCACUCAGAUGACUGCCGCUCGCGAGUUCCUUCGACGGGCAACGAGCUCGCCAAAAAGCCAGGCAGUCGUCAUUGUGCCCGACAAAGAUGCCGACGGACUGUCGAGCUGUCGUGUGCUGUACCACACACUUGCCUUGCUCGGCAUGCCCCUCGAUCGUAUCAUCGUACAUCUCCUACUCAAAGGCACCAGCGUCUUCACACCCAAUGAGAAAGCGAGGCUCACCGAUGCAAUCUGUGCCACUCAAGCCAGCGAUGUCAGCGUUAUCGUUGUCGACCAAGGGAGCAGACCAGGACCGCCACUUUACGAUGCCGAACACUGCAAACAAGCGCAAAUCGAUGUGCAGUGUCUCAUCAUCGAUCAUCACCAGUCCAGCGAAUGGCCAGAUGGCGCCCAAGUACUGACUGCGUGCGACGCACAGCCGAUCGCGACAAGCUCGCUGUUGUCAUACUUACUGUGCUAUCCUCUUCAUCCUCAGGCACCCGCUGGCAAUGAUUGGGUUGCUGUGCUCGGUCUCUUUGGCGAUCUGGGACCAUCAGAAGUCAAGUUCGGUGAUCCACAGGGCGUUUGGCCAGUCUCUACUGAGAUGAUGAUGCUGGCCGCGUCUAUCAAGCGUGAGAGCAAGAAGAAGAUCAGUGACGCUGUCGGCGCCCUCAACGCUCCCAGGAGAACCGCCGAAUACGAUGUCGUAAGCGCUUGGUCGGUCUUGCUCCAAGCGAAAUCACCAGAUGACAUCAACAGCUCCAACACCCUCAAAUUGGCGCGGCUCCAGGUCAAUGAAGAGGUGGAGCGAUGCACACACGCAGCUCCCAAAUUUUCCAAAGAUGGGCGGGUUGCAUUGUUGCGCAUUGACUCUCCAUACCAAGUACAUCCCGUCAUUGCCACUCGAUGGGCAGGCUUCCUUCGCGCAAAGAAGUUGCAGAUGAUUAUGGUCGCGAACGCAGGUCACAAUCCUUCCGCAGAUAUCAUGUCAUUCAGCUGCAGAAUAUGCGCCUCGCUCAGGAGCCUACCGGACGAGGAGCGACCGAAUCUCAUCGAGCUACUUAUUGAGUAUGGCAGCAGAAUCGAUGGCUUUCUCGAUCGAGUCGGCAACGAUUUUGCUCGGGGACAUAAAGAAGCAACAGGCGGGAUAAUUCCACUUGUCGAAUUCGAGAAACUCUGCGCAGAAGGCAUGGAGAUCGGCAUCAAGGACCCAGACGCAGUGUCGCCGGAAAGGAAGAGCAGAAGCAAGUUUCCCGUUCAGAAGACGACACUCCAUUCGUUCUUCAAGAGCCCAGCAAAGUCAACACCUGAUAUCUAUCCGGGUGCCGAUCGACAGCCUGUCGAUCGUAUGGUGUCCUGGGACACCGUCGAUAGCCGCGAGCCCAUUUCGGAGAGUAUAUCUCGAUUGAUGCGUCAUUCGAUGCUCGUCUACGGCGCGUCGCGUCAUAUCAUUUUCAGUUCUGGUCGCAUGAUCCCCGGAGAAAUCGGUCGUUUUCUCUGCUAA